AUCAAAUAAAGCGGUAUCACAUUUAUGAAACACAUACCCCUAACCUUCCGAGUGCGCAUGCGCAACAAGUUUUUUCCUCCAGUUAGCUUAAACCGCGGAGCUAGCAAACGCCGGCAAAACUCAACUUCACGAAAAUUAAUUAGAGAAACAGAUUUUCUUGCGCGACUCUGCGUGGGCAUACGCACGCAAACAACAGCAGCAUCAUACGCGAUUAUUGUUAUUAUUAUUAUCAGUAUUAUCAUUGCUGUCUCCAUGUCCUCCAGGAAGCGUAAGAAGUACUCCAAGGACAUUAAGUGUGUUUUCUUCCCGGAUGAUGUGGAAAAUAGUCUCCAAAAAGUGCCGAAGGAGACGUCAGCACUUUCAUCCGCGUCCUCCGCAAAGAGUUGGAAGAAGUGCGGGGACAGUUUUCUGGACACGCCGGUGAUAAAGAGCCUCCAGUCAUCGGGGAGGAAGUUGUCUGCAGUGAGACGGCUGUCUCAGUCUCUUGGUCCAGUGCAGACCGGUGCCCGUCACUGUAACGAGGACCCGGUGCAUAUCGCAUGGAGCUCCAGUGACUCUGAACGGUCUGACGAUGAGUCGAGAGUCGUUGCACAACAGGAGCAGCAGCAGCAGCCUCAGAAACCAGGGAGGCUCUCGGCUCCCAUUCAGUCUUACACCAGAGCUCUGCACAUGCUCAGCUCCGAUAAAGACAACUCUCCGGUCAUAGACACAGACAGUGAUCUGGAUGAGUCUGAGGACGGUGUUGAAAAGGACAGCGGGCAACAAAUCUCAGACUGUGAAUCUGACUCCUGCGAUGAAGAGCAAAGGGAGGUUCCUCUUAAGUCUGCAAAUGUGAAAGAGCUGGAGAUCUCAGGUUAUGUGUCUGACAGGGAGGAUAUUGGCAGCACGGUGUCCUCGAGCAGACUGGACUCUGAGAUCUUCCCGCUCCAAACUGGCGAGGGCAGCAAAAGGUCAGUGAGUGACUGGGUGAGAUCUGCCCAGGCGGUGCUGCAGACGCCUGAGAAAGCAGCUGACAGGAAGUUCAAGACUCCGGAAGACUCAGGCAAAAAGAAAAGGAAGUUCCAAAGUGGAGGUCUGGCAGAGAGGCUGAAUCGACUCCAGUGCAGGCAGAGGUCAGCGAUCAGCUUCUGGAGGCACCAGUCCUCCUCUGAUGCCUCAGCGGCAGCAACAUCAGUGGACAGGCCCGGCGCGCUGGUGCUGGAGGUGCUGGGGGUUACCGAGGAGUGCGGCGUGCAACUGGCGCGCUGCGAGCGCCGCGGCCCCCCCGGAGACGACGGCCGCCGCCGGCGCGGUGACCCCGUCCCCGAGGAGAGGGCUCGUGCGUUGGUGCUGUUCAACAGAGAGGUGGCGGCCCAGCUGAUUCCUGCACCCAGAGAUAUCAUCUGCAUAUACCCACCAUGGCAGAGUCUUUCUAUGGAGGGCGUCAGCUGUCCUGUUAUUCUCAACACACAUUUCAGCCAGAAAGUCUCCUCUGGGCCCAAGCAGGCCGCCCCGAGAAGCCGGCGCACGCCGUAUUGUUUGGGCAAAACAUUCGGACUGCUGGACUUGAGCAGGAGCGCAGACGAGAACAAUGGCAAACAGAACGCUGCUGCUGAUGCUCUGCGCGGGUUCGAGGGUUCGGGCGUUUUGACGAGACGCUGCGUCUCCCUCCUGGAGGCCAUCGAAGGGCUCGGCCAGGCUGGCGCCGUGGAGCAGGACGUGGAGGUGGUUGUCCAGAGAGUGUACUCCAUCCCCGUGGCUUCCUGCUCCCCUAUGUCCGUCCUCAAACCGCGAGUCCCCCUCAGGUCCUCCGCAGCUCCGCCUCCUGCAGAGAAAGGCAAAACCAGGUUGUGCGCCCUUGUCCAGGACAGCUACGGGAUGUUCAGCGUGGUCCAGCUGCACGCUCUCCCCCUCAGCGACGACCUCCGCCGGUACUGCCAGACGUGGCAGGGGAGGACCUGUGUGCUCAGGGGCGUUAAAGUGGUUCAGCGGGUCACUCGAGAAAGGCUCCCCAGGCUUUUCAGCUUGAUAGACAGUCUGUGGCCCCCAGCGAUGCCUCUUAAAGAUCACGGAAACUCACUUAGUAUGCCCAGUGAAACCCGGCCUUCGGGUCCGGCUCCAACGUUCUGCUACCUGCUGUCCGGUCAGGAGAGCUCGGUGGAGCCCACCGAGGACCAGACCCCGUCCCCGCUCUACGUUCACCCCGCGCACCGAUCCCUUCGAGACAUACUGCAGAGUGAGGCGAAAUCGUGCCGCUGCAGUUUUGUCGCCACGGUUUUACACAAGAGGAUGCAGAGCACUGAUGUAGGCCAGGGUGAGGUUUGGUUGGUGCUCACAGACCCCGAUCUUCAGGACGAGCAGCCAGAGAGGCCAUGCAGGCGAACGGUGGCUCUAUGUGUGAACGCUUCCUGUGCGCUCACUUCCUCCGUCCUCACAGCACUGAAUUCCCCCGCAGUCUGUCGCAUGUCAUUCAGAGAUGCCAUCACAGAACACGGUGUCCUUCUCUGUGCGGAGCAGUCCGUCGUUGAGGUGUGCUCCGUGGGGAAUACCCUGCCCCAGCCUGUGAGACUGGAUCCCCUGAGCCUGGAGACCACACCCAACUCCCUCUGUACUCUCACAGGAGUGAUAGUUGGUGUGGAUGAAAACACGGCUUAUUCUUGGCCCGCCUGUAAUCUCUGUGGAAGUGACAAUUUACAGAUGUUAGCUGAGGCACGUAAAAACUUCCUCUGUGUUUCUUGUAAGUCAGAGGUGGACAAACCAGACACAAAGAUCCAGCUGGAAGUGUUCCUGGCCUCUUCUUCUUUAAAGGACUGCACCAUGAAGGUUAAGCUGCAGCAGAAGACCAUUGUGUCCGUCCUGAACACGGCUCCGCUGGAGGGAGGCGAGUUCCCAGGUUACGACGUGGAGAAUGUCCUGGGUAAAGAGGUGGGCCCCAUCGUUGUUUACGUCCGAGUCGUCACCAGGAAGCCUGCCCUCUGGAUCGGCCUGGAAGAGAUCUGCCUCUGAGGCUGUCAGGGGGCAAGUAGCUAAUGAUAUCAAUCCUCGUGGCUUCAGCUGGCCCCAAAGAUCUGCACACUGGGCCUUGGUCUGAGCCAGUUUAUCCCCCCCCACCACCACCACCACCACCACACCACCUCCCCCUGAAGGCCUCCCUGACAGCUUGAGGCUGAAGAGAACGGGCUGCAAGAAGACAAGGUCUUGUUUGUGUUAAUGAUAUGUGAUCCUGUGCACCAGGAGUUGACAGCCCAAGGGUAGAGGAGAGGCAUGCAGCCUGUCAAAGCAGCCCACGUGCUUCAUUAACAGUGACUUUUGGCUCCUUUUAAAAGCACCUUCUCCAACUCAUCUACCUCUGUAUUUAAGAUUACUGGCACUCUGUCAAUAAAAAAAAAAGUUUGUUUUUUUU